CUGAGUCUUCAUGGAUAAUUCAUGAGUCAGUCAGACUUGGUCUUCAUGGAGCACUCAUGAGUCAGUCAAACCUGAGUCUUCAUGGAGAAUUCAUGAGUCAGUCAGACUUGAGUCUUCAUGGAGCACUCAUGAGUCAGUCAAACCUGAGUCUUCAUGGAGCACUCAUGAGUCAGUCAGACUUGUUCUUCAUGGAGCACUCAUGAGUCAGUCAAACCUGAGUCUUCAAGGAGCACUCAUGAGUCAGUCAAACCUGAGUCUUCAUGGAGCACUCAUGAGUCAGUCAAACCUGAAUCUUCAUGAAAAAUUCAUGAGUCAGUCAGACUUGAGUCUUCAUGGAGCACUCGCCGGCUGGCUUUUUGGUGACUUGAAUGCACGUUGUGUCAUAUUUGUAUGGAUGAUAAAUGUGUGUGAGGUGUGUUUGAGGUGUGUUCACACGGCAACACGCCAACACAGUCGUUGUGUGCUCAAGCAGGUUGGACUACAUUACUCACACGUCCUAGCAGGUUGUGUCCAUCUAUAAACAAACUCAUAUUUUCUCUGUUGUAGGAGAUAAACGACACAUCCUGUUGUUGAUGUGUUACUUAUCAUUGCCAUCCCAUAAUAAGUCCAACAGGGCACAUUAGGAUGCAUAAGCACACUAUUUUUCUAUCCAGUAUGAAGCUUAUUAUUACAUAACACAUAUUAAACAUGGGAAAUAAGAUCACCCUGCACCCAGUCAUACAAUAAGAUAAGUUCUGCUUGUACAUUUCUACUUAUUCACUAUGUUGCUGUCAUGUGUACUUUACAUGAUGUAUAUCUUUUUAACAUAUCAUUACAUAUAAUGCUAUUUGUGCAUGUUUGAAAAUGAUAUUAAUAAUGAUAUUCAUGCUUCCUACCUGCGCCUCUCGGUUCAUGGCGGGUUCCUCUGACUGGGUGGUGCUAAGGUGUGUGUUUACUUAAAGCAGGUUUCUCUUUGAGAAGUCAUUUCUGCAUGACGUAGAAUCACACACGUUCCCUGAAUCUGAGCCCGUUAUGAAAAUAAUCCUCAUUCAAAAGCGAUAUGAACAUACACUUACCUAUAUACAUUUGGGAUAUACACAUAACACCAAUGUAUAAAAUCAAACACAUAAUUAUUAAACAAGGUGCACUUGUAAUUGUUGAGCGCUAAUUGUUUUUCAUUUUUAUUCACGUACCCCAUGACAAAUGGUGUAACCCUGGGGGUACGCGUACCCAACUUGGGGAACUUAGCUCCUAAAUCAUAAAGCCUAAUUGAAGAAAAAAACGACAUGAUUGUAGUCAAUUUACGGCUCUUGUACGUAGGUGUCAACAUGCUUAGCAACUGAACAAACUACAAGUCCCAACCAAGCAGCAGGAAGCGGCGGCUGUUUUUGAUGCGUUUAGGAACAUUCAGUUAAAAUAUGUUUCAGAUCGUAACGCGAAGCUAAUGUGCUAUGUAUUAAAUUGCAAUCAAUUUCCAGUAUGUGUAUUCCAUGAGAGGAUUAAACUAGUAAAAAUGCGAUCAUUUUAUUUGCAAACAUUAAGCCGAAAGAAAACGUAAGUCAGUGGAUAUCAAAAACUCCUCAGUUAUGAAUGCGUUAUUAGAGCUGACGACUCUUGUUUACGUCACCAAUGACGUCUAAUGUUAAGGACAGUCAGUGGCUGGUGGGACCGUCAAUGGAACCUUUGUUUUUCGGCUCAUAACUGUACAUAAUAAUAUACAUAAUAGAAGUUUAAGGUGCGCUUUUGUGACCGACAAUGACUGCUGAAGUGCCCGUGACAACUACCUCAUGUUUAUUCGCCAGAUGAGCUGCGUCCCUCCCCACCACCUCGCCGCCUGCAGGCUCCGGUGCACCCGCACUCUUCCUCCAUGGUCGCAGGGAUCUCCUCCUUCGCUCCCCUUCUCCCUGGCUCCUGCACCCCGUCACAUCAUCUCCACUAGGACGAGUCAGCGCUGGUUUUCUACUUCUGCUGGUCUCUUGAUGGAACGUGGAGGCAGCGAGCCUCCGUACAAGCGGAGGAGGAGUCCAGAGGAGGAAACAUCCAAAGACAGGGAUACGAACAGAGGAGGAGCCAGGAGCCAUCAUCAUCAUCAUGUCCAUGGACGUGGACAAGGUUGGAGUGGAGAAGGCAGCAGCAGCAAGUACAAGGAGAGGACUAGAAGUGAAACUCGAGAUAAAGAUGGUGGCAGGCGUGCACAGACUGAAAGCGCCCGGUCCAAAGCUGACGCGGGACCACACAGGACGAGUGCAGACGAGCAACGUUCUCACGGCUGGAAUGGGAGAGCGGCAAAGGAGGUGUCGAGAGACAGGAGGAACCAUGGAGCCUGGCCUCAGCCUGGCAUCUCCUCAAAGAUGCAGGAAGCAGCCAGCGAGCCCUGUCCGCCAGGGACUGAGUUUGCCAUCAGACGAGCUCCACUGGAAGUCCUCCACAGGCGAUGGGAGCCCUCGCCAGCCUGCAGCAUCAAGCCGGCGCCACCAGGCGGCAGCAGAGUGCUUGAUUUCUCAGUGAUGUCCUACAACAUCCUGUCCCAAGAUCUGCUGGAGGACAACCUCUACCUGUACCGGCACUGCCCCCCUCAGGUCCUGGCCUGGACGCACCGCCUGCCCAACCUGCUGGCCGAGAUCCAGAAGUACGACGCGGAUGUCCUGUGCCUUCAGGAGGUGCAGGAGGACCACUUUGAAAAACAGAUCAGACCCGCUCUUGAAGCUCGAGGCUACCACUGUGAGUACAAGAAGCGAACCGGGCAGAAACCCGACGGAUGCGCCAUUGUCUUCAAAACCUCACGCCUGUCGCUCCUCUCUUCCAAUCCCAUCGAGUUCUUCCGGCGGGGCGACGCCCUCCUGGACCGGGACAACGUGGGAUUGGUGCUCCUGCUGCGGCCCAACCACGCCACGGGACGCUCUGACUCGUCCAACGUCCUCUGCGUGGCCAACACCCACCUGCUGUACAACCCCCGCCGAGGGGAUGUCAAACUGGCCCAGCUGGCCAUCCUAUUGGCCGAGAUCGGACGCUUGUCCCGCCUCCCGGACGGCCCCAGCCAUCCGGUGGUCCUGUGUGGGGAUUUUAACUGCACCCCCUGGAGUCCGCUCUUGAACUUGGUGACACGUGGCUGCCUGGAAUUCCACGGACUUCCCAUCAGCAUGGUGUCAGGUCAGGAGUACUCAAGGGGUCAGCGUCUGCUGGAGACCCCCAUCUGGUCUCCCAGUUUAGGAAUCAACCAGCAGUGCCAGUACGAGGGCACCCGUCCCGCCGAGUCCUCGUCCUUAUCCUCAUCUUCCUGCACCACAGUAGAGCAACAAAUCUCUCAUCUGACCGUAGAAGAUGAGGCUAACAGAGCUGCUGCUAACGCUUCCAAAAGGUGGAGGAUCGAGCACAGCCUGAACCUUUGCUCGUCCUAUCAGCCUCGCCUGAUGCCUGACGGGAGACCCGCCAUCACCACCUGUCACUCACGCACGGCCAUGAUGGUGGACUACAUCCUGUACACGCCCGGCUCCCUUCCUGGUGGGCGGGGCCUCCAGCUGCUGGGCAGGCUGUCCUUGGUCGGCCAGCCAGAGCUGCAGGAGGUCGGCGGCCUGCCCAAUCAGCAACACUCGUCGGAUCACCUUCCUCUGCUGGUUCGCUUCCGCUGGGUUGUCACGGAGACGGAAGACAGCUGAUUAUGACGGGAAACAAACCAAGGACCAAGUCAAGGUUUUUAUUUUGUCCUUUUUUAGAUGGAAGCAUAAAGUUUGCUGCAGCCUCAUCAUGUGAUACCUCCACCAAGGAAGCGUAUUGGUCGCUGUUGUUAGUCGGCAGGCAUCUUUGUGUCUCAGGAAGUUCAAUUUGGGUUUCUUUUUUUGUUUUGUUUUACAUUUGACUAUUAAAGAGCGGGAGCGCAUGAAUUUUAAUGGCGGUAAUGGAGGUCCCAGCCAGACAACAUGAAGGAUGGCGUUUAGCCUUUGGAUGUGGUCUGUGUAGCCGUUUUUAUCUUUUCCCAAGCCAAGAUGGCGGCGUUUCCUCGCCGACGUCCACUUUUGAAGCACGCAUGACACGUGCACGUCAGUCAGGAAGUAUGUUGGGAUGCAUCAUGGGAAGAAAGGAGGAGUACAUGGAUGGCUGCACAUUCAGCAUUCACGGUCUUCCAAAUUUGAUGAUUUUUGGUCUGGAAAUGAAAAUCCACGGAAAACACAUCUCAUUCCCCCUAAAUCAGUAAUCAUCUCCAAGUAUGAGAUGAUUGAAAUAAAAUGCACGGCGUCCACUUCCUCAUUCCAUUGUGUUUUU